CAGAUAGAGAGGUUAAACGAACAUUUUUUUAUAUUUCAAAACUCUGUACAUAUUUUCCCACCAAACUCCAUCUUUCUUCUUCCUCAAAACACCUUUAAAUAGCCCAUCGAAUCAAAGAUCCUAAUCUCAUCACAAACACAAACCAACAACAAACACCACAAACAAAGCAAAAGAAGAAACAAAAGCAAGAGUUCUCAAGCAAGCUCAGACAUGGCACUAAUGAAGCAGAGUCUCUCUGCUGCUCUUCUCUCAUCACCACUUCUGAUCAUAUGUCUUAUCGCAUUGCUCGCUGAUCCGGUUUCAGUCGGUGCUCGCCGGUUAUUGGAGGAUCCUAAACCGGAGAUACCAAAAUUGCCAGAGCUACCUAAAUUCGAAGUUCCCAAGUUGCCGGAGUUCCCUAAACCAGAGCUGCCUAAGUUACCCGAAUUUCCAAAGCCCGAAUUGCCGAAGAUCCCGGAGAUUCCAAAGCCAGAGUUGCCAAAGGUGCCGGAGAUUCCAAAGCCCGAGGAAGCUAAACUGCCAGAGAUUCCAAAGCCUGAAUUGCCCAAGUUUCCCGAAAUUCCGAAACCUGAGCUCCCAAAGAUCCCAGAGAUUCCAAAACCAGAGUUACCAAAGGUCCCGGAGAUUCAGAAGCCGGAGUUACCAAAGGUACCGGAGAUUCCGAAGCCAGAGUUGCCGAAGUUUCCAGAGAUCCCAAAGCCUGAAUUGCCCAAGUUUCCAGAGAUUCAGAAGCCUGAAUUGCCAAAGUUUCCGGAAAAUUCAAAGCCUGAGGUGCCUAAGCUAAUGGAGACUGAAAAGCCUGAGGCUCCUAAGGUUCCGGAGAUUCCAAAGCCUGAGUUGCCAAAGAUGCCGGAAGUUCCCAAGCUUGAGGCUCCUAAGUUACCAGAUAUUCCAAAACCUGAGUUGCCUAAAAUUCCGGAGAUUCAGAAGCCGGAGUUACCUAAGGUACCGGAGAUUCAGAAGCCCGAGUUGCCAAAGAUGCCGGAAAUUCAGAAGCCGGAGUUACCAAAGAUGCCGGAGAUUCAGAAGCCUGAGUUGCCGAAAGUGCCAGAGGUUCCAAAACCUGAAUUGCCAACGGUUCCGGAGGUUCCAAAGCCUGAGGCUCCUAAGUUGCCGGAGAUUCCAAAGCCGGAAUUGCCAAAAGUGCCGGAGAUUCAGAAGCCUGAACUUCCCAAGAUUCCAGAAAUUCCAAAACCUGCAGUUCCAGAGAUUCCAAAGCCAGAGCUACCGAAGAUGCCGGAACUUCCCAAGUUGCCGGAAUUCCCAAAAGUUCCCGGAACUCCUUAAGCGUUAUUGAACCAGAAGAAGGCCCAACUACUUUGAAGCCCAUCACACGAUCUUAAAGUACCAUUUUACCCUUACACUAUUUGUCUACAUCAUCGUUUCCUUAGUGAAACCAUGUCUUAUGGUUUUGGUCUCAUAGUCAUAUUUCUUGUUCUUUGGGUUAAGGUUAUACACUUAUACUUGUAUUCUGUUAUAUUUGUAUUGUGUGUUUUCAUACACAUUUCGUUGUAUUCGAUAUAUAUACUUUUUAAUUGAUUAAGUUAUCUAUUUAAGAGUUAAA